GCCUGCGCGCUGGUGGUAGUGGAGGGCGGCGGCGGCAACCGCGAGGCACCUGAGAGGAAGAGAGCUAGGAGACGUCCACCACGGGCCAUUGGGAUCCGCCCGCGCCUUUUCCUCCCUGUUGUUGCCCGAGCUUGGCUUUUUUCUUUCUUUCUACGGCGGGUGAGGGGGAGGGGACUCGCGUGACGGACAAGUCUCGUGGCAGAGACGUCAACUAGUAAACCGAAGCAAAGGUGGGGGGCGGGAGAGAGAGGGGGCGGGGAGGGCAUGGCCGCUGCUCGCGCACGCGCAUUGCGAUAGAGAAAACGCUCCUUUUCUGACGGAGGGAGGGAGGGAGCGGCGGUUUGUCGCGAGCGCAUCCUCGCCUUCCGCCGCCGAGGCUAGAGGAAGAAAUGCGGCACGCGCGGGUCACGUGGUGCCUCCGCUCUUCUCCCAGCUGUCUCCCGAGAGCUUAGCGCGGCGGCCGCCGCCCCUCCAGCCGUCAAUUCUCUACAGAAAUGAAGAACGGCAACGAAAAAAGACCAGAAAAAAGGCACCCCGGAAAACAACGUUUUGCAAAAAAAAAAGCCUACACGCGCCUGUACAAAUAAGCAUCAGGAAAAAGCAUAAUUAUGGAAAACCUUUGGCUUGUUGGGUUUAUGGUUUUUUUUUAGUUAUGACAGCAUAAUUAGGUAUUAAAGCAGACUUUGGUUUUUUAUCCCAGAUCUCUCAUACGUAUUUUGAGUGGGCGUAGUUUUAUGUUUGGAAGAGCCGGAUGAGUAUUUUAUGCUGAGUUAGGUGAACUAUUGAAACCUGUCUCUGCGCUGGAUUGCAGCGUCAACACCUUACUGAUUUCAAUGGGAGACUCGCAGCCUAGUCCUAUUUUAUCUGGCGUGGCAAAUCCUUGGUCUGGGAGCCUAAUACAAAAAAUUCUGCCCCCCCCCAAAAAAAACCCAAAUGAUUUUGUCAGCAACAAAACGAGGGAGGAUUAAAGUAGACACAGUGCUGGGAAUGGGAUCUGGGAAGUUUGAACCUCUCAACCCAGCCCACCACCCAGAUGAGCAGGGAGGGACAAUUUGCAUCCCCAUCAGUCAUAUGUGCAUCCUCUGUGCACAAGAGUGUAAGAGCAUAAGAAAACCCAUGCUGGAUCAGGCCCAAGGCCCAUUGAGCCAGCACCCUGUUCUCACAGCGGCCAACCAGAUGCCUGUGGUAAACCUUAUAGAAAGACUGGAGUACAAUAGCACUCUUCCUUUCUGUGGUUUCUAGGAACUGAGAAUCAAAUGCAUUACUGCCUUCAACUAUGGAGGCAGAACAUAGCCAUCAUGGCUAAUAGGUAUGGAAAAUCUCAUCUAUGAAUUUGUCACGUCCUCUUUUACAGCCAUCCAAGUGGUGGUUAUCAUUGUCCUGCGUAGGAGUGAGUUCCAUAGUUUUAACUAUGUGAUGAAUGAAGAAGUACUUUCUGUUAUCUGUCCUGAAUCCACAUUCAGCUUCAGAGGAUGUUCAUAAGUUCUAGAGUAAUGAGAAAGGGAUAAAAGCUUUUCUGUAGGCAGAAAAAUUUUGUCAUGUCACCUCUUACCUAUUCUCUAAAUUAAAAGUCCCCAGUGAUUCAACCUUUCCUCAUAGGGAAAGGUUGCUCCAUCCUCUUUAUCAUAUGUAGCCCAUGCAGAACAGACAUCAGUUAUUCUAUGACUGAAACCAAAUACAUGUAACUUUCUUCCUCGGGUAUCUGAACUGGGACAUAUGGAAAUAGGAUUUUUCUCUCUGCCUUGCACUGAGAUGGUUUGUGCAUGGGCUCUGUACAGAAUUAUACACACAAUCAUGCAGCCAGAAUGUUGCUACUAAGGCUGUGUACACGCCAUAUAUUUAAAUCGCAUGAAUUCCCCCAAAGAAUUCUUGGAAGUGUAGAUGCGGGUUAUUGUAGCUCUGUGAGGUGUAAAAUACAGUUCUCAUGAUUCUUUAGGGAAAGCUGUGGGUUUUCCCAGUAGUGAUGUAUGGAAGUGAGAGCUGGACCAUAAAGAAGGCUGAUCGCCGAAGAAUUGAUGCUUUUGAAUUGUGGUGCUGGAGUCCCAUGGACUGCAAGAAGAUCAAACCUAUCUAUUCUUAAGGAAAUCAGCCCUGAGUGCUCACUGGAAGGACAGAUCCUGAAGCUGAGGCUCCAAUACUUUGGCCACCUCAUGAGAAGAGAAGACUCCCUGGAAAAGACCCUGAUGUUGGAAAAAGAUUGAGGGCACAAGGAGAAGGGGAUGACAGAGGACAAGAUGGUUGGACAGUCUUCUCGAAGCUAUGAACGUGAGUUUGACCAAGUUGUGGGAGGCAGUGGAAGACAGAAGUGCCUGGCGUGCUCUGGUCCAUGGGGUCAUGAAAAGUCGGACACGACUAAACGGGCUUUAAAUGUAUGGAUUGUAUGCAGCCAAAAAAGGAAGUCCUGAGCUCAAUGGGGCUUACUCUACUGAGUAAAUGGAGAUAUCAUAUUGCAGCCUUAAGUAUUAAUUCGUUGAACAUUAAACCUGGCUUAAGAUGAAUCUAGGUUACCCAAAGAGCCUCUCCCCUGCCUUUUCUUGAAACCUGCAGAAGUCAAUUCCAUUUCCAUUCCACUUUUAAAUGUUUACCAUUUCCCUCUGAAUGAACAGAAUAACCUGGAAACCUGUAAUUGAACCAGGAACACUUGCAUAUCUCCCUUCUGGUUAUAACCAGUAAUCUAAUUAAAAUCUCAAAUGCCAGCAAAAUAAAAAGUAGCGAUCAUGUCCUCUCUGGGAUAUCAUACUAUCUCCUUUAUCGGGGUUGGAGAAAGGCAAGGGGUUUUUAUCUAGGGAACAGGAAGGGAAUUGGGUGGUUUAAGUUCCUGUUAUCUCUGAAAACUGUGUUUUUCAUAAGGUUUAAUUUCAGUUCAAAGUGCUAUCUCGCUGUUUUAAAUAUAAGUUAGCACAGAGCAUGAAAGACAGAGAAAGAAUACUAAUUUAGCAUAAGUCCUGAGGCAACGCAACAAGAAUUUGGGGCAGGCGGGUGAGAACAAAGAUUUUGAAGUGUAAUUCGAAGACAGCUGAUAAAAAUGGGUGUAGUAAUAUGAACCAGCUCCUCAUGAGAUAAAUGGGUGUUUCUUUUUUCUAGGGAAAUGCAGUAGAUUAUCUCCAGCUCAUAUAUAUGAGUAUUCAGUAGGCCGCAGCCUUUCCACAGAUUCAAACUACUGAAUCCUGCUUGGCAAGCCCGCAGCUCAACUCUGAUUGGCUCGUAGUCUAGGACUACCAUAUUUCAAAAAGUAAAGACCAGGACAUCCCGAGCUUUUUCCCCACAAAAACGUGAUUUUUCAAUUGACAGCUCCCAUGAGCCCCAGUCAGCAUUGCCAAUAGCCAGGGAUGACGGGAGUUGUAAGUUUAGGGUGGCCAUGUGUCUUACUUUACAGAGGACCGUUCUCUGUUUGAAGGGCUGCCUAGCCCAAGUCCAGCUGAAAGAUAGGGAAGAGUUGCCUAAUAACAGUGAACAGCACCAGGCAAGCAGUAACGUGUCACUUUGUCUCAGUCUUCCCUAUGAUGGCGAGAUGUAUUGUAUUUCUAUUUGAAUUACAGUAAUCAUUUCUCAAUUUGCAUUUAUUUCUCAAUUUGCAUUUUAUACAAAACUGUCCUCAUUUUCUGGUGAUUUAUUUCCUCUUUGGGGCAAUGCUAAGUGAUGGUUCAUUGUUCAUUAUAGUAGCCCUCUGCAGAGAGCCCCUGCCAUCUAUCAUCCUAAAGAGAGAAAAACAGACGUACAAAUAUGAGAAGCCAGUGGAUCUGGGUUGCAUUUGGGAUUAAAUAUAUGUCCUGGAUCCGAGAAGGACAAAGAUUUAGAAGAUCCGCUAUUGACUCCAGUGGACCCAGGUCCAUGAGGGCAACUGGACUUCGCCGUACCAAGUAAAGUGCCCAGUAAUUUAUUUUUAAGUUUCCCCCAAAAUCUCAAAGCCACACUCCUUUCUGUUCUCCACACCCUUCCGUAAUCAAUUUCAGUGUAGAGACGGUGUCCUAGAUACUUUUCUAUCAAUUAGCUUUUUGUAUCACUCAGCCAAUCUCAAUCCGAAAGGUUUGCUUUUGUUGCCAGGAGCUACCACCCCUCUGCCUCCAUGCAGAAUAUUUUUCUAUAAUUUACCUAGCUGUGCAGUUUUCCCCCUCCCUUCUAUGGCCAUCAGGAGAAGGACUUAAACCAAGUGAAGAGAAUCAAGUUUACCAGGGAGUCACGUGUUAGAAAACUGAAGAAGAUCCUCAGUUUCAACUUGCCUCAAGAAAUGAGAAAUCUACGUUCCUUGCUUGAAACUACUUCAUCUCCAGUUGUGUUCUGCUGUAAUGACUGCCAGUAAGGAAAUAUUUUGCUUCUUGAAAGUAGAGAGAAUUAUGAGAAGUAAAUAUUGAUGCUUAUUGCUUGGAGUACAACAACCACAAUUGUAGAGGGUUUGACAUUGGAAAUCACUUCUGUGGAUGGUCGUAUGAUACCCAAUAUUUAAAACAAAUUUUCUGCAGCAUCCCUCAAAGAAGCAACAACUCCACUUCAUCUCCAAUUACCUAGCUGCAUCUCAAAGCGCGUUUGGAAAUCUGAGCAAUGAAGAUAAGUCCAAAAUGUAUUAAGAAAUGUUGGUUGAAGUAAACAGGUUUGCCCUUGUGUCUCAUUAAUUCUGGGGUCUGGGGCCCAUUAUACAGGGAUGUGGGUGGCACUGUGGUCUAAACCAAUGAGCCUCUUGGGCUUGCCGAUCAGAAGGUCAGCAGUUCAAAUCCCCACGACAAGAUGAGCUCCCGUUGCUCUGUUCCAGCUCUUGCCAACCUAACAGUUUGAAAGCAUGCCAGUGCAAGUAGAUAAAUAGGUACUGCUGAGGUGGGAAGGUAAACAGUGUUUCUGUGCUCUCUGGCACUCGUCAUGGUCUUUCGUGUGCCAGUAGCAGUUAUCUUUCCACAAGGGCCAACAUUGAUGCCGAAAUUCAGCGUUGCCUGAGCUCUGCAAGUGCAGCUUUCUCCCGAUGGAAGUGCAGAGUGCUUGAGGACCAGGACAUUCUCAGGGAAACCAAAAUGCUUGUUUACAAAGCUAUUGUACUACCAACCUUACUAUAUGCUUGUGAAACAUGGACCACUUAUAAACGCCAUCUCCAACUCCUCGAAAGAUUCCAUCAACGGUGUCUCUGAAAAUUUAUACACAUCACUUGGGAAGACAGGCGAACUAAUAUCAGUGUACUGGAAGAAGCAAAGAUCACCAGUGUUGAAGCAAUGAUUCUUCAACAUCAAAUUCAUUGGACUGGUCAUGUGCGGAUGCCUGAUGAUCGUCUUCCAAAGCAACUACUCUAUUCUGAACUUAAAAAUGGAAAGUGUAAUGCUGGUGGUCAACAAAAGAGGUUUAAAGACUGUCUCAAGGCAAAUCUUUAAAAAUGUGGUAUAAACACCGAUAACUGGGAAACACUGGCCUGCGAGUGCUCCAAUUGGAGAACAGCCUUUACCCAAGGUGUCAUGGGCUUUGAAGACACUCAAACUCAGGACACAAGGGAGAAACGUGCUAAGAGGAAGGCAUGCUUGGCAAAUCCACACCGUGAUCAACUCCCGCCCAGAAACCAAUGUCCCCACUGUGGAAGGACGUGUGGAUCCAGAAUUGGCCUCCACAGUCACUUAAGGGACUCAUUGUUAAAACCAUGUUUAUGGAAGACAAUCUUACUCGGCUAUGAGUGAUCACCAAAGAAGAAGAAGAAGAAGAAGAAGAAGAAGAAGAAGUAGUCAUGCUGGCCAUAUGACCUGGAAAGCUGUCUGUGGACAAACGCCAGCUCCCUUGGCCUGAAAAGCGAGAUGAGCGCUGCACCCUAUAAGUCACCUUUGACUGGGCUUAACCGUCCAGGGGUCCUUUACCUUUUUCUCUUUUUUUAACCUAUACUGGCAAAUAUAUCUAUUGGGUUUGGACUAUGCACUCUAAAUACUUUAUUAAUGUUUAAUGUUUAUAUAUAUAUAUAUAUAUAUAUAUGUUGGAAGCUGCCCAGAAUGGCUGGGGCAACCCAGUCAGAUGGGCGGGGUACACAUAAAAUUAUUAUUAUUUUUACCGUCAGCUCAAUAAAUGGCAUUAACUGCAUACCCUCCAACAUUUUGAUAAUGAAAAUAGGGACGUCCCAUUCCAUACCGAUAUUUUACUAUUUACACCCCACACAUCUUACUGGGUUUCCUCAGCCACUCUGGGCAGCUUCCAACAUAUAUAAAAACAUAAUAAGAUAUUAAACAUUUUAAAACUUCCCUAUACAGAAAUGACUGCAGGUUGCUCAGGGGUUGGAUAACUUCAUACCUACCCUCCAACAUUUUUGUAAUGAGAAUAGGGACAUCCUAAGGAAAAGUGGGACAAUUCAGAAACCGGGAUGGCUUCUCUAAAUCAGGCACAUCCCUGGAAAAUAUGGGCACUUGGAGGAUCUGUAACUGGUCUACUAAGUUGGUAGACUCAGGAGCCCACCAUAAAUCUCAGGGGCUAGGUGGGAAUAAUCUGAAAGAGAAGUGUGAACCUCUAGGGCAGUUCAGAAGAAGUUCUGUAACUUUUGAGGCCUAUCUUAGGCUUCUGUUAAAAUGCAGCAAUAGUUCCCCAAGAAAAUAGUUAAUUUGUUCCUUGUCUGAGUGUAACAUUGGCUUCUAUUUUUGUCAGUGUGAAAUCAGGCCUGGAACCAUUCUAGUCUCUUGACUGGAUUUCCUUAACGUUACAAUGAUUACCAUCUGUUUACGCUAGAGCCAGUUGCUUCUGGUUGGUUGUUUUUUUCCUUGCCAUUUUGGUAGAAUAGCCAUGAUUCCAUUUAUCAUGUGGCUGACUGGUGAUUAAAAGUUUCUAUUUUAGGUUGACAUUACAGCUGCAGAGACACCUUAUUACGUAAAUACAAACAGAGCUUCCUCGUUGGCAGAUGCCAACUAGCCAUGGCUAAGGGUGCUGACUAGCCAUGGCUUACAGCAGAAAUGAAACAAAAAUCUAGUAGCGUAUGGUCUAGAAUAGCAAUGAUCCAGUGACAGCAGUGACCCCUUCUAAACCAAGGUAAGACACUUUGGUACUAGGCGUUGAUAAAACUGAAAUGCUUGUUUCUUUGCAAAGGAAGAAGAUAGGGAGAGAACCACAACAGAUGGAGGCCACACAACUUCCUCUCCCAGUGGAGAAGCAACUGUGACAGCAAGGACCCCUUCUGAAAUAAAGUAUGGCACUUUUCAGUUUAGUAAGGUGCUGUUUGUAAAACUGCAAUGCUUAAGUAUCUGCAGGAUCUUUGCAAAGGUGAAUGGGCAUAAAACAAGAACAAUUUGGCCACACCCCUGUGACCUAGCAACCACAUCAGGUCCAGUGGAAAUUACUAGGGUUACCAGACAUCCCCAGUUCCCGGGGACAGUCCCCAGAUUUGCAAAUCUGUUCCUGGGAAACGUGGCAGCGGCAUCCUCAGCAGCCCAGAGCCAGCCUGGUAGUGCAGUUGGCUCUGGUUGGCUUCAGAAGCUGCUCGCUGCCAUGACACCCGCCAUUUUUCCUCGCUGGAAGUCCCCAUAUGAUGUGUCUUGUGUGCAACACAUCAUAUGGGGACUUUCGGAGAGGAAAAAUGUCGGGUGCCACAGCAGCGGGCAGCGAGCAGCUCCUGAAGCCAGCCAGAGCCAGCUGCACUACCAGGCUGGCUCCGGGCUGCUGAGGCUGCCGCUGCCACUGCCAAAGGGGAACUGGGGACGUCUGGUGGUACAGAUCUCCUGCCCCCUUCCUCCUUUGUUUUGAAUGAUCGGGGGAGGCUCGGGAGUCGUGGGUGGGCGGCCGUUGCUCAGUUUUUUAAAAAAACUGUGCGUUUUUGUUUCACAGGGUGCGAAAGAAGGGCUUUGCACCUUUAUACAAUAUGCAUGUGUGCUUGGGCCCAGGGUCUUUUGCCUCACCAUCCCCACUACUGACUCCCUGUUGCUACUCAGCUUCAAAAAGAAAAAAAAGUGUCCCUGGAUUCAUUGAAAAAAAUCUGGUAACCAUAAAUUCACCACUAUUGCUUGCUUGGUUCCCUGAAAUACACUUUACACUACAUACAGAAGAAAGGGAAGGGUUUUGUUUUGUUUUGUAAUAAUAAUAAUUUAUUAUUUAUAGCCCGCCCAUUUGGCUGAGUUUCCCCAGCCACUCUGGGCGGCUCCCAAUCAAGUGUUAAAAACAAUACAGCAUUAAAUAUUAAAAACUUCCCUGAACAGAGCUGCCUUCAGAUGUCUUUUAAAGAUAGGAUAGCUGCUUAUUUCCUUCACAUCUGAAAGGAGGGUGUUCCAGAGGGUGGGCGCCACUACCGAGAAGGCCCUCUGUCUGGUUCCCUGUAACCUCACUUUUCUGUUUUGUUUUGUCUUUGUAAAAUAGAUUAAUUACGCCAUUGUAUUAUUUCUAUGAGAAGCGAUAAAUAAAAAUGUCUUUACAGACCCCUCAAGUGUCCCUAUUUUCCAGGGGCAGAUGCAGAUUUACAGAAGCAGUCCCAGUUUCUGAUUUGAUCCCAGAAUGUCCCACUUUUCCUUAGGACGUCACUAUUUUCAUCGCAGAACUGUUGAAGGGUAUGGUAGGACGUCCCUAUUUUCAUCGGAGAAAUGUUGGGGGGCAUGGAGUUAUGCCACCCCCGAGCCAACCUUUAGAAGACAUCUGAAGGCAUAGGUAUAGGGAAGUUUUUUAAUGCUUAAUUAUGGUUUUAUAUUUGUUGGAAGCUGCCCAGAGCGGGGGGGCAACCCGGUCAAGAUGGGCAGGGGAUAAAUAAUAAAACCAUUUUUAUUAGUAAGGAAUAGGACAAGCCUAUUUUUAUCAGAUAAAUGUUGUAGAGUGUGUUGUUAAUACAUACAUACAUAGUACAACAUUCUGUUGAAAUGUUCUGCAUUCUUGGGGUGGAGCUGAAAAGGGCUGAUAGUUGAAGUUCCUGAAGAGAGUUGUUAGCACCUUGGGGGAGGGGAGCCAAUUGCAUGUUGCUGCAUAGGUCAAAUUUGCUUAGAGAGGCAUAUUUUCGCCUUCCAUUAAAAAAUAGCCUCCGCGCAUAUUCUGGCCACAGUCUGUGAGCGAGUUAUAGGCCUCCUGUGUUGGAAGGCGUAAGCUUUGGUUUGGCACAGUGCAAGCACAUUUGGAAUAGAUAGAUCUAUUCCUGGAAUAGGUUGGCUUCUUGUUCUGCCUCAAUCAAGGGAUGUUUGUUUGUUUCAAAUGGCUUAUUCAGAUCUCGAGUGUCUGUCCGUUUAAAGACCGUAGCCUGAGAAGAGCAAGGGAUCCGUCGUGCUGCCUGAGCUUUGCAUUGCACUGCAGAAAACUGAGUUGUUGUGAACUGCAAAAACUCUAAGAAUGAGGCUGUUCCUGCCAUGUUCUGCCAUGUCACUUGCAUCUGUCACAUUGGGCAUGUUAGCGGUGGAAGAAUAAAUUUCAGAUUUAUAAAUAUAAAUUUCAGGACCAGAAUAGAACUGGGAAGGAAGGGUGGUAGUCAAUGAAGUUUUAUUUACAGUAAACUCAUUAAACAUGGCUAAGGUAGGUCCAUUAAUUUCAAUAGGUAAGUUGAAUACCACCCAAAAUUUUGCACAAAAUGCAAAAUCUGACAGCAAUUCAGAAUUCAUAUUUUGAAUCUUAAAAAGUGUUACUUUUAGACAUUUGGCAGCACUCAUAAAGCACACUUACAUGGGAAUUUGGCCCACUGAACACAGAAGCACUUUUUCCCAAGUAAACAUAGAUAGGAUUGCAUUGCCUGGCUGCUAUCCUAUAUUGUACAUUGUUACCUAAGAGUUUGUUCCAUUGAACUAAAUUGGAAUUGCUUGUGAGAAGACGUGUUGAAUUCACUGUGAGACGAGUACUUCAAAAUUAAUCAGCUUAAAGAGAUGUGGUUUGGCUUAUGGUUUGACAUGUGAACUUGGUCAGUGUUUUAAUACCUUGGUUACAUCAUCCUUUAUUGCAUUCUCCAAAUCUCAUAGUAUUCAUAAUUGCAAAUUAUGGGGAGGGCUGAGGGAGCUCUGCAGCAGGGCUAGAAUUCAGGUUGGAAGGAAAUAAAUAAAUUCUAUAGCACAUUCAAGUUUUCAAAGCACUUCAUGUGCAUUAUCUAGUAGUAAUUCUUCCAACAACCCUGUAAGGUGUGUCAUCAUUCUUAUUCAACCAUCUUGCAGAUGGGGAGGGAGAGGGUGGCAGAGGAGAGAUUCAGAAAGCGCAAGCACAUUUAAAACAAAUCACUCCUCCCCAAGAAUCCUGGAAACUGUAGUUUUUUAAGGGUGCUGGGAAAUGCAGCUCUGUGUGGGGUAAACUACAGUUCCCAGGAUUAUUGAGGGGGGGGAAGCUGUGUGGUUCAAAUGUCUGGUGUUUACACAACCCUCCUGAUUCUUAAUUCAAGGUGCUGCCUCGCACCAGCUUGUUUUGAUCUGUCUCCUAAUUAAUUUCAGCUUUGCAAGCCUUUGCCUUCGUUCCCAUCACCUAGACCACAAUGGAAGUGUUGUUGUUUUUCUGACGGUUUGCACCUUGGAAUGACAUCCAUAUGGUGCAAAAUUCAUAUGCCAUGCAUCCUGAGAAAUCGAAUGUAAUCAGGGACAGGCCAAAGUUGAGCAACGGCUGUGCACUGAAUCAUCCCAAGGAAAUGUCGUUUGGUGCGUGCAACUCCCCAUGCUCAAUAUCCUGCCAGUAGUUGCAUAAACUGAGGCCCCAGAGGAAGGUGUGGCUGAAAUACGUUUGGGAGCAGGAAAAGUCUUGUGAGCACUCGAGUUGGGGAGCAGCUCAUUGAGCAGCCUGGGAGACGGAAACAAGGUCCUAAAGUAAGAACUGCAGAACAUGCCCAGGCAAAAGGUCUCCACUCCAAAACACACACGAAGAGAGACGCACAAAAUUUCAGAGCUGCAUGCUGCCAGUGUUUGUUGAGACUUGAAGAAACCAUGUUUGUUUCUUUGAUUCUGAAGCCUACACUUUGCUCCGCGCUGCCAAAAGACUGUUAUUUUGGCUUUGUGCCUCUCUGCAUAUUUCCAUCUUUCCUAUCUUUCGCAAGCCACUAUUGAGGAAACACAGGUUGAAGAGGGCAGUCCUUAACUUCCCAAUAGAUGCCAAGGUUGGUUUCAAACAGCAGCAAACUCUUUCAGCUACCUGGCACAGAACUCUAAUCUUCAGAACCUCAACUUUUAAUUUUUUUAAUUUUUAAAGAGCAAGUUAAUAAACCUUAACACUGUGAAGAUACAACGGGGAAAAAAGAGAGCAAUGUAUUGUUACACGCCAUCCCAGUCUCAAUGGGUGGUGCGAGAUUCCAAGGGUUGCAAGUGUGUUUACUUGGUCUGUGUUCCCUUUUCAGGACAACGAGACACAACAGAGACUGCAGUGUCUUUAUGAGAUAUGGUUUUUUUUACACAUAUAUACAACCUGCACCUAGAUGGAGGGAUUGCAGAGCAUUCACUUCCUAUAAGGGUCUGACUUACCUCUUAAGGGUAGCACUGGAUUCUGAGGACAGCAAAAAGCCACCUUCUGUGUCUCUUACUUCCAGGCUGCCAUCCCCAGUUCUGCCCCUCCCUUUCCUUCUCACUGCUAACAGACUCCAAGGCCCUCUCCCAACCUGUCAUUCAAACUUGAAACCCUCAACUUGGUCUUUGCCUCUGCCCACUAGCACCCAGCAAAGAAGGGGCCCCAGGCCUUCUUGCCCAGCAGUCUUGCCCUCUGAUGGUGCCUUUGAUGGGCCUACACUGACCUUUGUUGCUGCUAAUGACCCAUCCAGUUGGCUGUGAAGAGCUGGAUUGGCUCUUUAACAUAACUAAAUGCAAGGGACUUUGCCAUGUUUGGCAAAGUUUAAUCAAAACUUGAUUAUUUCAAGCUUUUACUGGAUCCAGGAAUUAUGGGGAGUCUGCCCCCCACCAAUUCAUAACGGUAUUGUAAAAAUAAUUUUUUAAAAAUAUAAGCAAGCUUUAAAUUUAUCUGCUGCGUGAUAAGUUUUGUUUCAAUAUGGGCUCUUUUUCAGUGUUAGUUUCUCCUUCUCCUUCUUAUCUCAUACAGUGGUACCUCGGGUUACAGACACUUCAAGUUACAGACGCUUCAGGUUACACUCUCCUAACCCAGAAAUAGUAUCUCAGAUUAAGAACUUUGCUUCAGGAUGAGAACAGAAAUUGUGCUCCGGCGGUGCAGCAGCAGCAGGAGGCGCCAUUAGCUAAAGUGGUGCUUCAGGUUAAGAACAGUUUCAGGUUAAGAAUGGACCUCCAGAACAAAUUAAGUUCUUAACCCGAGGUACCACUGUAUAGACAUUUUAUUGAUUUUUGACAUGUUAUAAAGUUUCACUUUAUGUUUAAUGGAUUUGUUUGUAUCUCUUGCAUCAUAUUAUUGUUUGUUUUGCUUGUCAUAUUGCCGUAGCGGAGAACCUGUGGCCUUCCAGAUGUUGUAAGUCUCCAAUCCCCAUCAUCCCUGGCUAGCCUGGCAAUGAUCAGGGAAAGAUGGGAGUUGUAGUCUUGUAGGUCCACCGCAUCUUGCUCCAGGGUGAACUUACACAUCUGGCGAUACACACUUCAAUGGUUUCAGGGCCUAGUUCUUGGCCAAAUCAAGCAACCUGUACUCACUCUUGUCCGUGAAGGCCGGAAAUAUACAUAUUGUUGUCUGCAGCAAAAAUGUUUUGCUCAUGGUAACUGUGGUUUAUUCAGUGGCAAAGCUCGAAUCAAGUUUUUGCCGAACUGGCAGUCAGAUAUGGCACUCCGAGGUUCCAAGUUGGCAUGCCUUACUUCCUUUGUUUUAGGUGAACGUUUGCAUGAAUGAGUGAUGCUGAGAUGCUCUGUUGCCUGUGCCCUAAAUAAAACUUGGAGCUCGGCCUGCCUCUUCAGAAUGCUUGCACAGAAGUGUAGUUUGUCUUUGUUCCUGCCCAGCAAUACCACAAAUCUGCGGGGGAUAGUACAGAAGUUAGUCGCAUCAUAUGUAGAAUCCUGCUCCAAGCCGCCUUCUCUCAUACUUCCUCCUCCCACCCCCCACUGUUCAUCAGCCGUGAAAAAUGUCUCUGUCGCAAGACUUGUGAACGCCAUAAAUCCCCAGCUGGGAUUUGAAGUCCAGCGGGCAAGUCAACCCUGCCCUCGGUAGCAGCAGAAAAGCAGUUCUGUUCCAACAGCUACAAAAACCUACUGGAAGGUCUCCAGCUCUGUCCUCGGCAGUUGAGAGAGUCAAAGUGUGAAACCACUGGGUGCUCAGCAACUCGGAGCCAAAGAAACAGGAUCUCUUUUGCUGGAGUCAGCAAAAGCAGGUGCCAGGUGGCAUACCCACUAAACAAGAGGUGCCCGGGAUGGUAUGCUUUUGUAGGACAUGACGCAGAUAACACUUGGGUCACACCACGCCUGUCCUUGCCUCAGUCUCAAUCUUCUAGUCCCCAGUUAUUUUUGGUUCUAGUUUCCAAACAUUCUUAGCUGAGGAAUGGGGUAGGCUAAAUACAAGAGCAGAAUCAAUUUAAUUUAAUAAUUGCUAUACCUGGGCAAUUACCUAAUUCACCACCACAAACCCACAGUGUAAUUAAAUAAUAGAUCCACCUGUUCAGGGAAUUGCCACAAAAUGCAUUUCAAUAUUCUUCAGUAGUGUCCAGUUAAUCCCAGUACAUUUUAAAGAAAGCCACACAUGAGCCUGCUGGUUAAUAUUUUAAUGACACUGAAGAAACGGUCUUCUAGAGAAGAUGCUAUUAUUAUUAUUAUUCCUCCUGCUGAUUUUUUUCUUUUUGCAGAACAAUUUCCUACUGCAAAUACUCACCGUGAUAAUAGCCAAUUUUAAAAGUCAUAAAACAAUAAUGGAACCACAAGGUUAAAUGUUUUGAAUAGCCUGUAGCAAGUUAAUUCAGAAUUAGGGUUUCACAGAGCUUCCUUCUCAGUCCUUGAUAAAUGUUCCAAGCCUGCCCAAACAGCCUGGUCCUUACUUGCCAGUGAAAAGAGCAAAGAGAGUUGCCAAAGAGUUCUUCUUGAAUGGGGAGUGCCGCAACAAAAGCAUAACCACAUAGUCUGAGGCUCCAGCAAUGUCAUUUGAAGCCUAGGUGGCCUGGAUUGCUGAAGCACCUCGUUCCAGCUACAGCAGUUGUGUACCCCUUCCUGGAAAGAGAGGACUUGGCAACGGUGACCUAUGUUUUGGUAACCUCCACACUGGACUAUUGCAAUAGGUGUGGGAAGCUUAAACAAAAAUGACAGUAUUGAGGGGAGGAGUUAACUGAAGGAGCUAUUAUGUCAGCUCACAUUCUAUUUUUAUGUCAGCUCACAUUUGUAGUCUGAUGUGGCACAGCCCAGACACAGAUUUACCACCUGAGUAAGAAGUGGGCCUUGGAGAGGCAUCUGAAGAAUCCCUGUGUAACAUCCCCCUUCCAUGCCUGUGCUGACCUCUGCUUCCAAACAACAUGCUUCCUUGUUGAGUCAGAUGAAACUGAGGGGGAAAUUGCUUCUGGUUCUGAGCAGCUGCUGGAUUGCUUUGAGAAUGUAAGAAGAGCCAACCAGAGCAGGAUGAUGGCCUGUCUUGGCCGGUAUCCUGUUCUCACAGUGGCCAACCUGUGAGGGAAACCCAAAAAGCAGGAUCCAAGCACAAGAGCACUUUCCCCUCCUCCAAUACCCAGCAGCUGGUAUUCGGAAGGAUACUGCCUCCAACCAUGAAAGACAGAGCAUAGUCAUCAGGACUAGUAGCUAUGCAUAGUCUUAUUCUCCAUGAAUCUACUCAGUCCUCUUUUAAAGACAUCCAAGAUGGUGGCUUUUAAAGACAUCCAAGAUCGCUGUCCCUUGUGGGAGUGAGUUCCUUAGUUCAACUAGGGCCCUCGUAUCUACGGGACCACCUCUCCUGGUAUGCCCCGCAGAGGACCUUAAGGUCCAUGAACAACCAUAGUUUAGAGGUCCCGGGCCUUAAGGAAGUCAGACUAUCCUCCACCAGGGCCAGGGCCUUUUCAGUGAUAGCUCCAACCUGGUGGAAUGCUCUGUCCCAUGAGACUAGGGCCCUGCAGGAUUUAACCUCCUUCCGUCAGGCCUGUAAGACAGAGCUAUUCCGCCUGGCCUUUAAUUUGAAUUCAGCCUGAUUUUUUAUUUCCCUUCUCUUCCCUCCCCCUUUCCUUUUAUGACGAUCACACCGCUAAUUCUCCCCUCGCCUCCUCGCUGACCCAAGUAGGAACAAUUCAGCCAGCAAGCCCUGGGGAUUAUCUAAUGUUUAUUUCCCCUAAAUUGAUUUUUGAAUUUUAUUGUUAUUCGUGUUUUUAUACUGUAUUUUAUGCUGCUUUUAUAAUUAAGUGUUUUAAAUUUGUUGUUAGCCACACUGAGCCCGGUUGUUGAACCGGGAAGGGCGGGGUAUAAAUAAAAAAAUAUGAUGAUGAUGAAGUGCUUUCUGACAAUGGAUCUCACUAUCAGCAGGUGGACCUCUCUCUCUCCACCCACGGAGAGGAAGGUCUACAACAGGCAUAGGCAAACUCGGCCCUCCAGAUGUUUUGAGACUACACCUCCCAUCAUCCCUAGCUAACAGGACCAGUGGUCAGGGAUGAUGGGAGUUGUAGUCCCAAAACAUCUGGAGGGCCGAGUUUGCCUAUGCCUGGUCUACAACAUCCUAUGACCCCCUAGGAGGCCCUUCCAAGGAUCAUAGGAUUGCACCUAGUCUUAAAGACCAAUAGAUUUAUUAUGUCAUAAACUCUGUAGACUAAAGCCCACUUCCAUACCCUCCGACAUUUCUCCAAUGAAAAUAGGGACGUUCUAGUCCAUAAUGAUAUUUUUACUAUUUAUACCCCACACGUCUGACUGGGUUGCCCCAGCCACUCUGGGCAGCUUCCAACAGAUAUAAGAACAUAAUAAAACAUAAAACAUUAAAAAGAUUCCCUACAAAGGAUUGACUUCAGAUGGCUCGGGGGGUCAGAUAACUCCACACCUUCCGACAUUUCUCCAAUGAAAAUAGGGACGUCCUAAGGAAAAGUAGUGAUGUAUGGAAGUGAGAACUGGACCAUAAAGAAGGCUAAUCGCUGAAGAAUUUAUGCUUUUGAAUUGUGGUACUGGAGGAGACUCUUGAGAGUUCCACGGACUGCAAGAAGAUCAAACCUAUCCAUUCUGAAGGAAAUCAGCCCUGAGUGCUCACUGGAAGGACAGAUCCUGAAGCUGAGGCUCCAAUACUUUGGCCACCUCAUGAGAAGAGAAGACUCCCUGGAAAAGACCCUGAUGUUGGGAAAGAUUGAGGGCACAAGGAGAAGGGGAUGACAGAGGACGAGAUGGUUGGACAGUAUUCUCGAAGCUACCAGCAUGAGUUUGACCAAACUGCAGGAGACAGUGGAAGACAGAAGUGCCUGGCGUGCUCUGGUCCAUGGGGUCACGAAGAGUCGGACACGGAACGACUAAACAACAACAACAACAAGGAAAAGCAGGACAUUCUGGGAUCGAAUCAGAAACAGGGACGGCUUCUCUAAAUCAGGGAUGUCCCUGGAAAAUAGGGACACUCGGAGGUUCUGCACUUCAUCGGAAGCCUUAAAAACUCUACAUCAUCAUCAUCAUCAUCAUCAUCAUCAUCAUUAUUAUUAUUACACCCCCAGUUGAAAAAGUGAUGAACUACAUCACCAAGCAUGCCUCAGAAAAUGCACCCAUGGCUGACUCAGCCCCAAAGUCCCAGGGCAGGUGGAGAUGUUCACUUGGAAAGCGAGCGCUUUCCUCCUUAUUGGUGUGGCUACUCUUGCCUCUUUAUCACUCCUGGUCCUUCCUUGCUAGAUGAAUUAAUAAUGAUAAGAGGGAAUAAAUGAAUGAACUGCAAUUUGUCUGGUACCUUUGGGAUGCAUAUAAAUAAAAUGUCGCUGCCAAGUUUAAGGCCAGCCUUGUAACUCGCAGAGCCACAUGCAAGGAUCAAACACGUAGCCAGAUUGCUGGAACAGAGAGCUUGCUUUGCAAAGGCAGAAGAUCAGUUCUGCACGUCCCAGGAUCCUGGGUUUGCGCUGCUAUCGCUCUUCACGCGCUAUACCCCCGACUCCAGAAAGCUGCCAGCAAACCUCAAACACAAAAACUUCAAUUCAGGAGGACGCCAGGCUGAGCAGGGAACGCUCAAUGGUUUUAUUAAGAGCUGGGAGGAGAGGCAUGUGAAAUGUGAGGCGCUCUCGGUUCACGUGCCUUGUCAUUCCUCACUUAAUCAAUAGAGGGGAGGGGCUGGGGCGUGAUGGCUGAGGAUGUGAUGACAGGAGAAUGUGGACUUUGGAACCCGACUGUGGCAAGACCUGUGGGCGUCCAAAGCCCUUGAUUAACAGCAACAACAUUCAAGUGUAAAAUCGAGCCUACACCUACCAAUCAUCCAGAGCUGGUCACAUCAACAUCCUCCUCCUCCUCCUAACAUGGAUAGGCAAAAUUUGGUUUCUCUCUGUUUCUGUCCCCCCCCCCCCCCGGUCUUAAAUUCAGUCCCACACAUUUCCACAUCAGUUUGUGAUUUUUUUUGGGGGGGGGGAAGCAUCUUCAUCAAAUUUCACAAGCCUGUUAGUGCAACAGGAUGCAUUUUGUAUUAUCACUCAUUUACAUGCACACCUUGCUCUGGUAUGCGCAUUUUACAUGUGUCACUUGGCUGGAGAAUUGCAUUGCAAAAUUCGGAGGUGGUCAAAUUUUGAAGCAAGCUUGUAUUUUGAAAAAGUGCAGAUUCGGAAAGCUUGCCUUUAAAUGCGAACGGAAUCGGAUUUCUCCUCCAUCCCUAACCCCUAAUCCUAAUGACUGGGAAGACCAAUUGAUUUCAGUAGGAUUUAUUUUCAAGCAAGCAUGCUUAAAGACUUCACAAGUGUAUGAAGCAAGACUGUGGUUUUCAAAGUUAUUUAAUUUCAGGAAAUCAUUUUAUAGGAAACUACCUUAUUGGUCCCGCCAGCUCAGUAUUGUCUUCUAUGCUGGUGGGCAGUAGCUGUCUGGGGUUUCAAACAGGAAUCUUGCCCAGUUCUAACUAGAGGUGCUAGUUUUAAGGAAUGGACUUGGGAUUUUUGAAAACCAGGUGUGUGUUCUGCCAAGGUAUUAUGUUUUUGAUGGCUGGGGAACCCCGUGCAUUUCAGAAGAGACUGGGGAGUAUAUUAGGGUGCACAUACCCUUGUCUCUUGGGUCUCAUGGCUACCCAACAUUAGAACAGAAUGUGCCCUAAGACACCCAGCACCACUCUGGGACUGCAUUGGAAAAAUCAGCAGCAUUUCUGUGACAUUUCAUUGAGAAAUGUCAGCACAGUUUAAAGAUGAAUCAGCUAGGUCACAGCUUUCCAAACUUUUCAUGUUGGUGACACACUUUUUUGGACAUGCAUCAUUUCGCGAUAUAGUAACUCAGUUUUACUAGCAAACCAGAGGCUAAACUAACCAUUUCCAGCCCAGGAAAAACGCAGGGAGUGUUAGCGCAACACACCUACACAAUGCAGCUGACACACUAACAUGUCGCGACACACACUUUGGAAAGCUCUGAGCUAGGCGAAUACUGUUCCCAUUUUGCAGAUACAGAAACCGAGAGCUUUAGUCAAGACCAUUAAGAGAAUCCAUAGAUCAUAUAAGAUUUGGAUCCAUGUCCAAACCUAUAUCCUGGCCUAUCCUAGAAGUGCUGGGCAGGUAACUACAUAUAGUUUUAAAAUAUUAAAAUUAUGUUCAGGGGUUGGCAACUAGAUUUGCCAGAGGGCAAACUCAAGACAGGGCCCAGGGACAAGCAGCCGUGUCACUUCCACUUCCCCUAUUUACAUAAUGAUGAAAUCCACAGACAUCCUAAGAAACAGUGUGGUUGGUCUAGUGGUUUUCCUUUUCUAAUGAAAUUACCGUAACUGAAGAAAGUGAAAGGACGGCGAAUACACUGGGCGAGGAAAAGGAAUCUGUAUCAAGGCAAUGUGGAUUUUGCCAGUGUUCCAAGUAACUGCAACACUAACCUAUGUACUUACGCAAAUGAAAUGAAUUUGCAUUACUUGUAUUGUUUUGCAGUUUAUUUCUGCUAAUCCUGGGGUGGGGGACAACAAUGAACUACAGAGGACACUGAAACCCGUCCUCCCCCAGUUUCUAGUAUUGAAACAGGCAGAGAGGAUGCACACUUUUCAAGUCAAUUCAGCCUGAGAAGAUAGACUUCUUUUCAAAUGAUAACUGAGAGGUUCAUGGUGCUAAAUUCUUAAAUUGCAUAAUGUACACUGUCCUGUUUUUACCAUAGUUUCAAGGGGGUAUGGACUAAAAAUUCAGAUCAAGGGAAUAGUGUGAAGUGUUGCUUUGCCUGAUAAUACUCCCCCUUCUGUCAAUUUUAUAAACUGCUCUUUGAACACCAUAGGCUUCCACAUUAUGAGUGCUUACACAGGAAGGCGGCCUACUGCUGCUCACAUCCCCUCAUAUUAUUUAUUUCUAAUCCUUGCAUGUAAAGAAGCAGAUGCUUUGAGAGACUUCACAUCCCCACACAGUUGCUUUCUUGCACCCCCUAAAUGAAGCACGGAGGAAAUAGCUUUCCAAGGUGCACAGACUGAGGUUGAGGAAGGUGAUGGAGGUGUGUGUGUGUGUGUUCACAAGAGGUGCCUUUGGAGAACAUGCCAAUGCAACAGAUGCACUUGUUUGCUUUUCCCUGUUCAGUAAAGAUCCACAUUUCUGGGUUGAGCCCCGACCUAGCCACACUUAGGUGGAAUCUAAACACACAUUAAAAAAGUUUUGAAAAUGCAAAAACACAUUGAAUUUGCCGUAGCUCACCAUCGCCAUCUAGUGUCACAUUUGUAUAACACACUUUACAACACACCUGAAACGUUUUAUUUGCAGCUGUAUUUAGUCCCACUGAAAUCAACGGAGCUGUGCUGAUUAUUUAAGUCACAUUGUUUUACACUGAUGCAAUUUAAAUAAUCCCGUUCAGUCCUGCUGAUUGCAAUGGGACUUCUCUAAAUGUGACUUAACAGCCUUGGCUAUGCGAGUAAACCAGACUGACUUAACCGGGGCUUACUCCCAGGUAAGUGGGGCUGGUAUAGGGUUGCCAUAUUUCAAACAAAUCCGGACAGAAAAGUUGCUUUCUUUGGCAAAGUUGUUGACCUUUUGUUUUGUUUUUUUGCCAAAGUUGUUGAGCUUUCCCCCCCUCCCCAAGUUAUUUUCCCCCUUCAAAAUCGCAACAAAAUGCCGGUUUUGCACUAUUUUUAUGGAAAAACGGGACUGCAGACAAGGGCGGCCACACAUUCGGAUUUUCCCGGACACCAAACCCCAUUCCCCCGCGGACACUGCUGCCGAACGGGGUGUUCCCCCUGUGCCCGGGAAACUCCGGACGUAUGGCAACCCCAAAGUCCCAAUCUAGCCCUGCCUGACGAUUGGUUUUUCAUUCGUUGUCCUCCCUGAGCUAUGACGACGCCUGGUCUCCUGUCUCUGGGACUUUCAUCAUGCGCCCGCGUGCGAAAUAUCUUCCUUUGGACGACUGACGCCGAAUAUAAGAAAGAAUACCAGAGCCUUUGGCGGAGCGGAGCGAGACCGUGACGUCGUCGCUGGAACUUCCCCGCGUUCCACUUCCUCCGCCCUUCGCCCCCUCGUCCUCCUCCUCCCCGCCUUCCUCCCGGCAUGCAACGGGCGCGUCUCAAGAUGGCUGCCUCCGUGCCGGGGAGAAUGGCGAGGCUCCCUUUGCACGUGGGAUGGCAGGUACUGGAUUUUCACGGGGGAGGCGGGUCGGUGGGAAUGGACGGAGGGGGGCGGGAAGCGUGUCUGCCUCAAUAUCUCCUCGUGCAUGCAUUUGCCUUGCCUUGCCUAGCCGUACGAGUAGUUACGGCAUGCCAACAUAUAAGAAGCAAGAGAUCUCUCCUCCCUAAACCCCCACAAUGUACAACGGAGAGGAAAUAAAGAUGAUAAAUAAACUGCAAAAAAAAAGUUAAAGAAAGAACGUUAGAAACUGCAUCAAAAGGCACCCCCUAUUUUGCUUUUGUUCUUUUACUUAGGUGUGCGUUACUGCAUAUGUGUGCUGUAUCCUGUGGGAAAGGCAAACUUGUUUAUGUUUGAAUGUGUGCAUAUCUCCGAGGGUUUUUUUUGGGGGGGGAGUUUUUAAUUUGCAUCCCUCACAGACACCAUUUCAGGAAACAAGGGGGCACUUGUGUGCUUGCUUCUGAUUUUGCUUUUAGUCUCUGCAGACUGCUUCCUUUUUUCUUUUUCUUUUAAAAUUUAUUUGUUGAUACUUAUUAAGUGAUAUGCAGACUACUCCUUUUUGUGGGAAGUUGUGUAGGUUUGUACUUGCCUUUUUAAAUUGUUUUGGAAAGUGAAGUGUUUUUGCAGGAGAGAGAAGAUCUUGUGAAGGCAGGCAGAUGUAUGUUUUUGACAUCCUUCUGCCUCAAGAGGCAAUGGAAAAGUAUGCCAUCAGGGGUAAAAUCAAACCAUUGGAGAGUUACAGCACCUGCUGUGGCUGUAGAGAACGAUGUGACAGAGACAUGAUUUAUUGCAGCUGGGGCAGAUGAAGACAUCCAGUUUUGCUGCACUCCUCCCAGUGGCAAUUUCUUCUCUGGCUAUUGCUAUGCAUGCACAACCUGACCGCCUGUCUGCAGGCACCAUGGUCAUCUGGAAGGGAUUCCCACACAGUAGGGUUAAUGUUGCCAGCCUUCAUGCUACAUUUGCAGGCAUCUUUAUAACAGAGUUGGUCCGCCAACAGGCCUGGGGCCAGCUCUCUGUAAAGCACAUCCUUGGGGAUCCAUCUUCCAUUCUAUGUACAUGAUCAAGCCAGCAAAAACAUUGCUGAGACAGAAGUAUACACAUUCUGGGAAUAUGGAAUUUGCAGUCCCAGAAGGCAGACUACCUGUUUUUUUGGUAAGAAGAUAAAUACAAUUGGAAUGUACCUUGGAGAUUAUCUAGUUCACCCUUCUGCUCAAUGCAGGACAUAUACAGCACCUUAGAACAUAGAAAAUUGCAUUAUACUGAUUCAGACCAUUGAUCUGUAUAGCCCAGUAUUAUCUGUACAGUGGUACCUCGGGUUACAUACGCUUCAGGUUACAGACUCUGCUAACCCAGAAAUAUUACCUCGGGUUAAGAACUUUGCUUCAGGAUGAGAACAGAAAUCGUGCUCCAGCGGCGUGGCAGCAGCAGGAGGCCCCAUUAGCUAAAGUGGUGCUUCAGGUUAAGAACGGACCUCCGGAAGGAAUUAAGUACUUACCCCAAGGUACCACUGUACUUAUUGGUGGCUCUACAGGGUUUCAGACAGGGGAUGUUCCCAACCUUUCCUGGAAAUGCCAGAGAUUGAAGCAGGGACCUUGUGUUUGUAGAGCAGAUGUUCUACCACUAAGCUAUGGCCCAUUCCUGUUCAGUCUUGGCUUAAACGCUUCCAGCGAAAAGAAGCCCUGAGGCAGUCUGUUUCACUGUUCAACAACUCUUUACCAUUAGGAGUCUUCUAAUAUCUAGCUAAAACUUGCUUCCAUUCAACUUCUACCCAUUAUUCUAAUCUGCCCACUUUCUACUUGAUAAUCCUUUGGCUGUUUGAGGACCACUAUGUUGUCUUCCCUUUAAUCUUUUCCAGGCUAAACAUGCCCUGCCCUUUCAAUCUUUCCCCAUACAGCAUCGUUUCCAGACCCCUCACCGUCCUGGUCACGCAUCUCUUGGACAUGCUUCUUGCUCCUUCUGUGCAUUCAUGUACAGUGGUACCUCGGGUUAAGUACUUAAUUCGUUCCGGAGGUCCGUUCUUAAACCUGAAACUGUUCUUAACCUGAUGCACCACUUUAGCUAAUGGGGCCUCCCGCUGCUGCCACGCCGCCAGAGCCCGAUUUCUGUUCUUAUCCUGAAGCAAAGUUCUUAACCUGAAGCACUAUCUCUGGGUUAGUGGAGUCUGUAACCUGAGGCGUAUGUAACCUGAAGCGUAUGUAACCCAAGGUACCACUGUACAAGCUGAUAUGUGCCGAAUGCUUAUCUAAUUGGAGAGCAUACCGGCCAACGUGUACAUAUCUGGGAUGAAAUCAACUUGAUUUGGGAAGCAGAUAAACGGUGGGUUAUCUGCAGUGCGGUUCAAUGUUGUUGCUUUGACUUGCUUGUUCUUCUUCCGUUCAACAGGGUGUGGAAUGUUUACUGAAUGCUGCCCGCUUGGCUCCAUCCUCUCUUGUGGUCCCAGUGAGAACAAAGAGGCGGCAUUUCAUCCCCCCUGCUGUCAAUGCAAAGUACACAACUCCGGAAGAGCAGAUGAAGCAUGCCAGGGCUGCAGGGUUGGUGGUACCUCAUGAGCGGUUGAUACGCCCCAUGAAUAUUGCCUGCACAGGUAGGUGGAUGUGAUUAUUCAUUAUGGGGAAGGUGGUUAAAAUAGUUCUCAACCUGUGUACCGGACUUUUUGAAAUCUUGAGCCCAAAAGCAAAACGGAUAUCUCACUCAUUCUUUUCACAUGUUCCUUCAAUGCUGUCUGAGUCUUCCUUAGUGUAGAGGAGCCAUUCACAAAGUGGGUAUAUGACUUUUAAAAAUGAGCAAGGUGCUUUCAUUGUAGCUUUAGGGUCCAGGGUGUGACUUUUCCUUGAGUGGGAGCUGGUAGGCUGCCUAGAGACAUACUUUUGUCUAGCAGCGUUAUGUGUUUGUUUAAUUUAUUUAACUUUUUUAAUCCUUUUCUUUUUUUAAAGCACCCCAUAGCACGGGGGGCAUACCUGUGCAUGCAUGGGCAACAUUUGAUGAUUUCUAUGUCAAGCUUUGUGCACGUGUGGCUGAACAACAAUAUUUCAGUAGAUAAAUUAGCAAUAAUGUGUACCUUAAUCGCCUCUCCCAAGAGAUAAUCUUACAUUUUGUCAGGGGGUUAGCUGGUGGUGGUUUUUGUUUAAAUAACCUGUUGCUAUAUUUGAUUGUUUUCUGUUUGGUUACACAGCUGGGAUCUUUGAUCCUUAUAUUCCUCCAGAAGGAGAUGCCCGUGUGUCCUCUUUGUCAAAGGAAGGGCUGAAGCAAAGGACAGAGCAGGUCAAGCAGACUGCAGUUUCACAGCUAGCGUAUGUCCAUUCUCAUUCUCUCUCUCUCUCUGGCAGCCAGUCAGUCUAAGACCUCUGGCCACUAUUCUAUGACUCUGUAUUCCUUUUUCUUGCAAUACCUGUGGUUUAUGUCACAGACCUCCAUAAAGCAAGCCUUAUUGUUUUUCCUAUAUGUAUGUUUUAAGUGUACUCCAACCCUAAAGGCUCAAAACAAUAAUUUUAUGUACGUCCCCCCCCAAAGCACGUUGUAUAGCCCUCAUGAGACAGUAGUACUUGAGAAUGCAGCAGUAGUGAUCUCAUAUUAUAAAUGUUAAGGCUUCUUAGAAAACGCUGGUGUGAAGGCUAGGUUCAAACACUUCCCUUUAGUGUCCAGGCUGCCUGUAGGGAAGGGUUUUUAUUUUUACAAGGGGGCAGCAGUAACGUAGGAAGCUACCUUAUCAUUGAGUCAGAACUUUGGUUCAUCUACCUAAGUGUUGCCCACACUGAUUGGCAGUGACUCUCCAAAGUGUCAGAUGGACAUUUCCAGCCCUGCAUAGAGAUGCCAGGAACUGGACCUGAUACCUUCUGCAUGCAAAGCAGAUGUUCUGCCAAUGAGCUGCGGCCCCUCCUACAGUGGUGCAGUCUUAGGAAGUAUGAUGUGCUGCAUACUUUGGCUCUUAGGAAUGCACAGACACCUAAAUAACCUUCAGAAUGUACGAUUAAGGUAUGUGAGCAUACAACAUCCACUAAAGAACCUAAGUAUUAGUGGAGUAGAUGGAAAUUCUCAUCUCCUCCAGUGCUGGCCACUCGGGCACCCUGAGUGAGUUAACAAACAGGGUAUGGUAGAAAGGGCUGUUCUUUGUAGUUUUUCCUUGGUUCCUGGAAAUCUGCGAUAUAUUUCCUCUUAACAUGGAGGCUCAAUUCGUGGUUGCAGUAGUUAGGUUUUUCCCCAAUCUUCUCCUCCUUGAAUUGAUCUAACCCUUUAAAGAGCAUUGUAAGAUAGUGGCAACCACUACAUCUUGUGACAAGAAAUUCCGUGAAACACCUGUGUACUACAAUCUAUACAAAGUAACCUAUUUUGUUUGAUAAAUUCAUAUACCACGUCUUCAGAAAUUUAUCACACGGUGGUGAAUAGCGAAUAAAGAGUUGAACAAACAUGUUUAAAACCAAAUGGAAUUAUUAUUAAAAUUAAAAUUUAUUUACUGCCCUUCAUCGGUAGAUCUCAGGGUGGUUCACAACAUAAAAGUACAAUAUAAAACACAAAAUACAUGAUAAAAACAAGAACAAAAACCACAAACUAACAACCCCCCUCCCAAAUACAUUUAAAAGGGAUAUAAGCUGAUAAUCAGCCCAAGGUCUGGUUGAAGAGGAGCAUUUUUGCCCAGCGCCUAAAGCUGUAUAAUGUAGGCGCCAGUCGAACCUCCCUAGAGAGAGCAUUUCACAAAUGGGGAGCCACUGCAGAAAAGGCCCGUUCUCUCCAGACCUCUCAUGGGGGAGGCAUCUGAAGAAGGGCCUCAGAUCAUGAUCUCAGGAUCAGGGUAGGUUCAUUUUCCAUUUGUUUAUACAGAAUUGGCUGUGAAUCUAUAUCAGCUUCAUGUGCAAGAGCCCCUCUGCAUCUCUUCUCUGCGUUUUGCCACGAUUUGUAAUGUGCCAAUUUAUAAAAUUUGCAAAGGCGGUUCUCCCUUAGGGUAGUAGCAUGCCUUUGAUUUGGAUUGCUCCAGUCGGACUCCUUCCAGGAGGCAGGGCUGUGGUGAAUAAAACCCUUCUUUCCAGCAGCAUCAGUCCACCAUUCUAGAACAUUGCUGAAAAUGCAUAAUUUAGGGGGGGGGGGGAUAUAGACUAUCAUGGCAAGUCAUGAGGGGGGCUUCUCUUAGCACCUCUCAACCUUCCACAGUUGCUUGAGGGCAAAGUGUGUUAGAUGUGGAAGCUAUCUUGGGGUUUAAUCUCACUUCUGUGGUGUAUGCAUAGUUUCGAUAGACGCGAAAAGGCACAGUGUUAACCUUUAUGAGGACUGUUUUCCUUGAACUAUGACUGCUUUCGUCCCAUCAGACUUCUCUUGUCGUUUCCUUGGCAGGAUCCGAAAGAUCAAAGAUUUUGAUCCUGACUUCAGCACAAAAACCUUUCCAGAAAAAGCCCAGAACAUCUUUAUUGAAGCUCACAAUAACUUGACAAAGUAAGAUGCUUUAGGAUAUAUCUGUGGGUUCUUGGUUCUGCCUUCUACUCCUGACUUGCAACAAUUUCACAAUAUGUCACAGCCUUUUUCGGAUCCAGAGGACUGUUUAUAUAAAAUAGGUUAAAUAUUGUUUAUUGAAUAAGUGUAGGUUGGUAUAGGAGUUUCUCCAAGCUUUUAAUUGAGAGUCCAAUGAACCUCAGAAGCUUGCCACAUACCAGAUUUAUUUUAGUAAAAUAACCAGGCACUGAUGUGUCUGCAAUUCAUGGGGAUUUUCUUAUCUGCUUUCUGCUCACCCUUGCUGUAACCUUUUAAAUCCCAAUGGAGAAGCCCCACAUUGACUAAUGUACCAUAGUUCAUGCAAACACAGUCUGGUUAAAGGAAAAAAGUUGUCCCAUCUUAACUAGUUGUGACCAAAUAAUGGGAUAUUGCGUAUGCAUUGUUAAUGAUGCUUAAAGACGGGGCAAAUCAGGAAGUUUAGUUUCUUGAGAGUGCCACUGUUUGGGGAGGUUUUCAAGAGUUUAGAAUUUACCCCUGGUUAUGCACAAAUGUGCUUCAGGAUUAUAUUUGUUGCUGACAGUAGAACACCAAACAUUUUUAGGAAGAACAGUAUCUCAAUUAAGUUGGUCUGCAUAAGCAUUUUGGUAAUGCUUUUUUUUUUUUUAAUCCAUUACAGCUUUAACAAACAGAAGCUUCACUCCUUAGUGACUGAACGCUGUUACCCGGUAAAUAUCUGAGAAGAUCAACAAAUGUCUGGCUAAAGGGUUAAAAGUCCCUAAAAAUGUUAGGAAGAAAUGUUUAUAUGUUAGUGCCUUUUUAUGAUUUUAUUGCAUUUGUUUAAAAUGCUUUUGAAGCAUCUGUGCUCAUAGAUCUUGCACGUUAUCCUGUUGUAAAAGAACAAAAUAACACAUCCUGUAAAUAAAACAAUAGCACUGCAGAGGGAACUCCAGCCCGUGGUCCUAAUUUAGCCCAGGAGGCUGUUUCCUCCAAGCCGCGUCCACCUGCCUUGCAACCAACUUCAUAUAGGCACAUGUGAAGACAUGGCUGAAAAGGAGCAAUCGGGAGCCUUACAAUGUGCUCCCUGUUGAUCCUUGGCAAGCAGGGUUUGCAUUUGGCACCUGUUAAACUUGGCAUCCAAAAAGCCUCACUUGGGAGCUCCCCAUAGGAGCCGAACCCUUCCACUGGGCUGUACACCAGUUUCUUUCAGGAACCCCGGACUGUCGCUAAUCGCCUGCUGAAAGUGGGGUUGCCUUGGAUCACAUAGUUUGAGAGGCUAGAAACCCUAUCCUCACCCUUGACGCUAAAAACGCAAAAUGUUGAAUUGCUAGGAAAUGGUCCGAGGAAACAGAUACAAGACUAUCCGGUGGAGUUUUCUGGAGUCUCUGGAGCCUCCUAGGGUGGUUCAAGUGCGAUGCCCCGAUAUGGUGAGCAAAACCAACCUGUAUGGACAAGUGACGGUUCGGAUGCACACUCGGCAGGUGCGUAUAUCCAAUCUCCCUUGCCCUGGAUGCAAUGAAACAUGUUCUGUCUGCCACUGAUUACUGAUGAAACCUUGCCUUUAAAAAAAUAAAAUAAAAUAAUUCUUCCUGCUAGAGUCUAGCUAUCUAUGACCGGUUUGGGAGGCUGAUGCACGGCGGAGAGCAGGUACCAAAGGACGUCCUGGAAUACGUUGUGUUUGAGAGGCAUUUGGCCAAUCCCUACAGUCCGUGGAGAUUACACGGCAAGAUUGUUCCAGCUUGGGCUCCUCCAAGGGACCCAAUUAUUAAGGUACUGUGUCACUAGCAGGAAAUCUCAGCAUUUUGCUAACCCCUGCACGCUAUUUAUAAAGGCAUCUCCAGGAUAUGGAUGCAAAUGUGAUGGGAGCCAUGCAGUGUUGCUGGUGUUCUUCACGUUACCUUAUGUGCAAGAUACUUUUGCUUUUUAUCUCUGGCUGAAUGAGCUAGUGACCUCCCCAAAGCCUCCUGCUGAUCUUCAUGGCCACGCAGAGAUUUGAAACGGGGCCUUUUUAAUGCCUAAAUACAAGACCAUCAAUGGCGCUCACCCCAUUUGAGACACCUUGCAGGCGCUGAAAUCCACAGGUGUAAAAUUAACCUCAAUUUAGUUGUAGAGAGGUGCCCUCCCUUUUCUAAGAACGUGCAGAGGUACUGAGAAUAUACAUUGGAGUGAGACACACAGUGUACAGAGGAAGUUGGUUGUGUGAGACUUGCUUUCACAUCCUGUCUUUGGAUGCCUUUGGGUAUAUUUCAGCCUUAGUUUCCCCAUUUAAAUAAUCGUGGUUAGGCGUGGGAUAAGAAGGCAAGUGCAAUCAUUGUAUAAACAACUUUGCAAUACCUACAGAAGCAAGUUCCCCAUAUACUCUCUGCCAUGCUCUUAAAAGCCCAGAUUCCCCAUCUCGAUGUAGCAUCAUGCAAAGAACUGGGUGGGCCUACACAAACAGCGGCUUGCACAGUCCUGAGCAUCAUUUUGGGACAUGGCUGAGAGGGGGGCCAAAACCUGUCUUUCAUUCCAUUUACCAUGUGCAAGUUUAGGCCCUAGUCAUUGGGUGGUUCUGAGCACGUGCCUCUUCUGCUGCUCAGUCCUAAGGGAUAAAACAAAGUGCUGCUUAUAGGGGCAGUUUGAAGUUUCAUUUUUCCUUACAAUCAGGCAAUAUAUAAAUUUUAUGAAAUAAACAUGGAUGGUGGUGGUAGGGAAGAAAGGGGACCGUCUUCCGGCUCCUGCCACUGGGUGACCUGGGGAUCACUGGCAGGGACCCUGUGGAGAGAAACAAAGUCCCUUCCCCAUUGAAAUCAGCUUCUGCGAUGUGGAAUCAAUCAGUAUAGAUCAGCACUCCCCAUUUAUUUCUCUCUCACGCACAUACCUGGAGAGGAGGCGGUUUUAAACAUUGCUGCUUUUCUCACCCUCAUCCUGAAUGCAGCUUUGGGAUUGGCAGGGAGAAGCAUCUCUUAUCUCCCUUUCAGUGUCUGAAAGCCAUUUCUGGUGUAAAGAAAAGGAGCAGGACCAGAUGAGGAAAACCAAGCUUGGCCUUAAGGCAACUUCCUCCAUGAUGUGUAGAAGGAGGCUGGGGGAAAACCUGAACUUUCCCUGCCCCCAAUCAAAUUUGAUGGACACUUAGCUAGUAUAGUAAUUACUGGAGAGCUGCUUCCUUUGAAAAUUGAUGGGCUCCUUUGUGUCCUUCCUCCCUUCUCUCUCCCCCCCCCAACUUUACAGACUGUUAUGAUUCCAGGACCAACGCUGGAUCCCUCGCAAGAAUAUGAGGAAAUGGAUAUUCCCCAACAGCCACCAGCUCCACAGACUCAGUGGUACAAAUAAUACCAAAAAGAAGAUCUGCAGGGAGCAGAAUUCGAUACUGACAGGCAAGGAGUUCACCGUUGAAAUGAGCCCUGCCAGCUUUUAGAGGCCUCUUCCGUUUCAUGCCUCUGUUGCAGUCCUUUUCACAUGCAUUAUGGGCAGACGUUUGUUCUUGAGAACUUGCAACAAGCUGUUCAAAGAUGCACUUGGAGCAUUCAGGAAACUGCUGUAUAUCUCUCCUGUUUUCCGCAUCAGACUGGCUGCUGUGUGUCUUCAAAAACUGGCCUGCAACGGCCUGUUACUUGUUGUUUAGUAAAUUAAUAGAUUUGAAA